CUGUUCAUACUUUACUUGUGUCUUGCAGAGCUGCUUCCUUAAGGGUAAUCUCCUGAAAUCCUGAAGAUGUAUAGGUUGAAGGUAGCGACGGGGACUGACCUGGCUGCUGGCACCUGUAAUAAUGUCUCUAUUGUCCUUGUGGGGGUGCGUGGAGAAAGUGAAGUACACCAACUGCCCCAUCAAUGGAACAACUUCAUAUCUGGAGCUGUGACAGAGUUUAAUAUCGCUGUAAAUAAAGACCUUGGAGAGCUCCUGUUGGUUAAGCUGUCCCUGGAGCUUUACCUAAAUUUCCAUAUGGAUCCCUGGUACUGCAAUUAUGUCACGGUAACCUGUCCCAAAGGCCAACUCUACCAAUUCCCAUUGUAUCAGUGGAUAUUAAAAUCUGUGGAGAUCCCAGAAGGGAAGGGUGUUGUGAUAACUAAGAAUACUCACCCCGUUCUCCAGCAACAAAGAAAACUAGAAUUGGAGAUUAAUAGAGAAACACACAAGUGGAAAGUUUAUGCAGAAGGUGCCCCUCAUUGCAUUGAUUUAGCCAAUGAUGAUCCACAUAAUCUGCCUCCUAAUGACCAGUACUCCUUCCAGAAGCAUGCCAGUUUUGUCUCUGCAACAAAUUCCACUGGCUUAGAAAUAAUGCUGAAUGGAUAUUCGCAAAAUACUGAUUCAUGGAAUAUCCUGGAAGACAUCCACCUAGUGUCCUCCCUGCGAAGAUCACAGUAUUCAGAUAUAGUGAGUAAGAUAUGGAAAGAGGAUUCUUUUUUUGGAAACCAAUAUCUAAAUGGACUUAACCCCACGCUGAUCAAGAAAUGUGUUAAGAUUCCAGGGAACUUCCCAGUUACUGACCAGAUGGUGGCUCCAUCCCUGGGGGCUCACACAAACCUACAGAAAGAACUCCAGAAUGGUCACAUUUUCCUGGCAGAUUAUGUGGUUCUCCAGGGUGUUCCCACCAAUACUAUCAAUAAAAAGCCUCAAUACAUUGCAACCCCUAUGUGUCUACUGUGGAAGAAUCUUCAGGAUCAGCUUGUCCCAAUUGCCAUCCAGUUAUCUCAGACUCCUGGAAAAAAUGUUCCCAUCUUCCUGCCCAGCGACUCGGAAUUUGACUGGGUAUUGGCCAAGAUCUGGGUGCGUAGUGCUGAUUUCCAGGUGCAUGAAGCUGGCACUCACCUUCUCAAUACCCAUCUUCUAGCUGAGGUCUUCUCAAUUGCAACUACCAGGCAACUUCCAAUGGGGCACCCACUGUAUAAACUGAUAAUUCCACACCUUCGCUACACCCUAGAAAUAAAUGCCUUUGCAAGGACGAGGCUCAUUGGACCAGGUGGCGUCUUUGAUCAAGCUUUGGUGACUGGGAGAGGAGGGAUCCCAGUAAUUCUGAAGAAAGCAAUGGAUCAGGUGACCUAUAGCAGCCUUUGUCUCCCUGAUGAUAUAAAGGGAAGAGGAAUGGAGCACAUUCCCAACUACUUGUAUAGGGAUGAUGGCAUGAAGAUCUGGGCAGCUAUGGAAAGCUUUGUGUCCGGCAUAAUUAAUUACUAUUAUACAAGUGAUGAGAUGGUCAAGGAAGACCCUGAACUUCAGGCCUGGGUAGCUGAGAUUUUCAAGGAAGGAUUCCUGCAAAAUAAGCGUUCAGAAGUCCCAUAUUCCUUGGGAACCAGAGCUUCUCUGAUCAAAUACCUGACGAUGGUGAUUUUCAGAUGUUCUGCUCAGCAUGCAGCUGUCAAUAGUGGUCAGUUUGACUUCUAUUCUUGGAUGCCUAAUGGCCCCACCACCAUGAAAAGCCCCCCGCCCAGCACCAAAGGUGUCACUACGAUGGAGACAAUUUUGAAAGCAUUGCCGGAUGUAAACAGUACAGCUGCUGGUAUAAGUACUGUGUGGGUUCUCAGCAUUGAGCCCAUGGAUAGGAGGCAUCUAGGAGAGUACCCCGAUGAACGUUUUACAGAGAAGACCCCACAACUGAUCAUUAAGAAGUUCCAACAGCAACUGUCUGUGAUCUCCAAAUGCAUCCAGGAGAGGAACAAGACCAGGGGCCUGAUUUACUAA